ACGCCCCCUCAGUUUAGCCACUAUCCAUCCAGGCAAAAAACAGAGCUGUCACAGUGGAAGCUGUCCUCCUGUUGCUGUGACUGACCGAAGACACAACUGACAGGAGGCCAGGGAUCAGUUCACUUUGAAGAUCAUCUCAAGAUGUUGCCUCAACACCUGAAGCAGAUCCGAGUCCUAAUGCUUAACGACAAGGAGAAUUUGGAGAGGACUCUGUUCAGACUUGAACAAGGGUUUGAGCUCCAGUUCCGCCUCGGUCCGAGCCUUCAGGGGAAGAGGGUCAUGGUGCACACCAACUAUCCAAUUGAAGGAAAGGAGUUUGAGCGAAACAACUUCCGCGUUUUGGGGUGGAGCUACCCAACAGGAAGGGAGGAUGACUCUGAUAAGUUCUGCUCUCUGGACCUCAAGAUGGCCGGGUCCUAUCAGUACUACUUUGGAUAUGGAGCCACCGAGCGGUCAGGCGGAGGAUACAUCGUAGUCGACCCAGUUCUUCGCGUUGGAGCGGAUAACGACAUCCUCCCAUUAGACUGCAUCACCAUCCAGACCUACCUGUCCAAAUGUCUGGGACACUUAGAUGACUGGCCAGAUAGACUGAGAGUAGCCAAGGAGUCAGGGUACAACAUGAUCCACUUCACACCUCUGCAGACUCUAGGAGAGUCCAGGUCCUGUUACUCCUUGGCAGACCAGCUCAACUUUAACCCUGAGUUUAGCCCCCCCGGUCAGAGCUACAGCUGGGAAGAUGUGGGGGCGCUGGUGGAGAUGUUAAAGAAGGAAUGGAACAUGCUGUGUAUUACAGAUGUGGUGUAUAAUCACACUGCUGCUAACAGUGGGUGGAUCAAAGAACAUCCAGAGUGUGGGUACAACCUGGUGAACUCUCCCCACCUGCGACCAGCCUGGGUCUUAGAUAGAGCUCUGUGGCAUUUAACAACCAGAGUAGCAGAGGGACGCUAUGAAGCUAAAGGACUUCCUGCUGAUAUAACCAACGAGAGCCAUCUGAAUGCCAUCCGUAGUGUGUUGUGGCAGGACGUGUACCCUCAGCUCAAACUGUGGGAGUUCUACCAGGUCAAAGUGGACGUUGCUGUGGAGCAGUUCAGGACCCUACUGCUAAAUGGCACCAAGCCAGACCACAGUAAGACCGAGGGGAAGAAGGGUCUGAGGAUCAUUCAGGACCCACAUUACCGUCGUUAUGGCAGCACAGUGGACAUGGACUCUGCUCUGGAGACCUUUGUACCUCACAGCUCCUCCCCAGAGCACAUUGAGGAGUGCUGUGGUUGGCUGAGACAGAAAGUGAACCAGCUGAAUGAAGAAAAGCUCCACAUUGUGCACCAGCAUCAGGAGCAGGCUGCCAACUGUAUUGUGGGAAACGUAGUGUACGAGCGUCUGGCAGACCACGGCCCCAAACUCGGUCCCCUUUGCAGGAAAAACCCUAUGGUUACCAGGUAUUUCACCUUCCCAUAUCCGGUCAUGACUCUGGAGCAGGAGCUGCAGCUGCUCGACCAGCCAGACAAGACGUGUCACUUCCUGGCUCACAACGGUUGGGUGAUGAGUGACGAUCCGCUGCGCAACUUUGCCGAGCCAGGCUCCAACGUGUACGUGCGUCGGGAGCUGGUAUGCUGGGGUGACAGUGUCAAACUCCGCUAUGGCAACGGGCCCGAGGACUGCCCGUACCUGUGGGCCCACAUGCAGAAAUACACUGAAAUCACAGCCAAAUAUUUCCAUGGAGUGAGACUGGACAACUGCCACUCGACACCAUUACAUGUAGCUGAGGCCAUGUUAGAUGCAGCCAGAGCGGUCAGACCCAAUCUGUAUGUGAUAGCUGAACUGUUUACAGGCAGCGAGCUCAUUGACAAUGUGUUUGUGAACCGGCUGGGAAUUAGCAGCCUUAUACGAGAGGCCAUGUCAGCUGGAGACAGCCAUGAAGAGGGCCGUCUGGUCUAUCGUUACGGAGGCGAGCCAGUCGGAGCUUGUGUUCAGCCCAGCCUCCGCCCACUGAUGCCCUCCAUCGCCCAUGCCAUGUUUCUCGAUGUAACCCAUGACAACGAGUGUCCCAUACAGCUGCGUUCAGCACUGGACUCCCUCCCCAGCUCUGCUAUGGUCUCUAUGGCCUGCUGUGCUACUGGUUCCACCAGAGGAUAUGAUGAAUUAGUGCCACAUCAGAUCUCUGUGGUGAAGGAGGAGCGUUUUUACCCCAAGUGGAACCCCUCGGCGCCCCCCAGCUCCACUGGUGAGGUUGGACUCCAGACUGGCAUCAUAGCUGGGAAACUGGCACUCAACAAGCUGCACCAGGAACUGGCUGCCCAGGGAUUCAUACAGGUGUUUGUAGACCAGGUUAAUGCAGACAUUGUUGCAGUUACUCGACACUGUCCCAGCACACACCAGUCCGUGGUGGCGGUGUGCAGGACCGCCUUCUGGAACCCCAAAACCCACCAGUACGACACCGACGUCCCACCCAUGUUCAUACCAGGGAAGAUAGAAGAAGUGGUACUGGAGGCAAGGACAGUGGAAAGGCAUGCUGGGAGUUAUAAGAAGGAUGACAACUACAUCAACGGCAUGCCAGAAUACACUGUGGAAAUAAAGGAGCACAUAUCGUUACAGGAGAGUGCAGUGGUGAAGCAAGCCGGAGUGAUAUCUAAAGGUGCAUCGGAGUUUGUGCAGGAAAUCACCUUUCAGAAGUUGACACCUGGCAGCGUCAUCGCCUUCAGGGUCAGUUUGGACCCCAAGGCCCAGAAAAUGGCGGGGUUGCUGAGGUUUUAUCUGUCGCAGUUCAGCCCAAAAUACAGGCGAGGCAGCGUAGCGGAUGAAAACCCACCACAAGCACUGCAGAAACCCCUGGCACAGCUGAUGUCCAGGCUGACGUUAGCAGACCUGAAUGUCCUGCUGUUUCGCUGCGACUCCGAAGAACAAGAAGAUGGAGGAGGCUGUUACAGCAUCCCAGGAUGGGAGAGCCUCAAAUACGCUGGACUACAAGGUCUGAUGUCAGUGCUGGCUGAUAUCCGUCCCAACAAUGACCUGGGCCAUCCGGUGUGUGCUAACCUCAGACAGGGGGACUGGCUGAUAAACUUUGUCUCCAACAGACUGAUAAACAGAGAGGGACCACUGGCACAGGUGGGCCAGUGGUUGGGAGCUAUGUUCGACUACUUGAAACACAUCCCCCGCUACCUCAUCCCCUGUUACUUUGAUGCCAUCCUGGUGUCAACCUACACUACAGCCCUGGACGCCACUCACAAGCUCAUGUCGAGCUUCAUCCAGAAUGGCUCCAGCUUUGUUCGUUACCUGGCGCUGGGUUCAGUUCAAAUGUGUGGUGUCGGACGCUUUCCUGCCCUCCCUCCUCUUUCAACGAAAAUCAAGGACGUUCCCUACCGCAUCAGUCCCAUCACAGGCGAGAAGGAGCAGUGCUGUGUCUCAUUGGCUGCAGGUCUUCCUCAUUUCUCCUCUGGGAUUUUCCGUUGUUGGGGCAGAGACACUUUCAUUGCUCUCAGAGGACUGAUGCUGCUCACUGGGAGACACACUGAAGCUCGUAACAUCAUCCUGGCCUUCGCGGGGACUUUGCGUCACGGUUUGAUCCCCAACCUGCUGGGUGAGGGUCGCUGUGCUCGAUACAACUGUCGUGAUGCUGUGUGGUGGUGGCUGCAGUGCAUCCAGGACUACGCUACCCACGUUCCUGAAGGGCAUGAAAUCCUUCGCUGCCCUGUCACACGCAUGUUCCCCACUGAUGACUGUGAACCCCUGGCACCUGGAGAGGUGGAACAGCCUCUGUAUGAUGUGAUCCAUGAGGCUCUGCAGCGCCACCUAGAGGGAAUUUCCUUCAGAGAGAGAAAUGCUGGAUCCAAGAUAGACAUGCACAUGAGAGAUGAAGGGUUUAACGUGGCUACUAACGUGGAUCCGGCCACAGGUUUUGUGACUGGAGGAAACCGCUUUAACUGUGGCACAUGGAUGGACAAAAUGGGAGAGAGCGAGAGAGCGAGGAAUAAAGGCAUGCCCGCUACUCCAAGAGACGGAGCAGCGGUGGAGAUAGUCGGUCUCAGUAAGUCAGCUGUUCGCUGGGUUGUGGAGCUCCAUGCCAAAGGACUGUUCCCUUAUGAUGGAGUUAAAGUUCACAGAGAUGGUAAAGAAGUGUUCAUCUCGUACUCCCAGUGGAACCAGCAGCUCCAGCGGUCCUUUGAAGCAGGUUUCUGGGUGUCUGGCGACCCAAAAGACCCCAACGAGAAGCACCCCGAUCUGGUGCACAAAAAGGGCAUCUAUAAGGACAGCUAUGGAGCCUCCAGCCCCUGGUGUGACUACCAGCUGAGACCCAACUUCACUAUUGCCAUGGUGGUGGCUCCAGAGCUGUUCACAGUGGAGAGAGCGUGGAUGGCUCUCGACGUGGCUGAGAAGAAACUACUGGGACCACUGGGAAUGAAGACCCUUGACCCUGAUGACAUGGUGUACUGUGGUGUCUAUGACAACGCUCUGGACAACGACAACUACAACGUGGCAAAAGGCUUCAACUAUCACCAAGGCCCAGAGUGGCUGUGGCCGGUGGGCUACUUCCUGCGUGCUAAACUCUACUUUGCCAAGAAGCUGGGAGAAGAAGUGUACGCUAAAACGGUCACGCUGGUGAAAAAUGUUCUGUCUCGACAUUAUACCCACCUGGAGAGGUCUCCGUGGAAGGGUCUGCCAGAGCUGACCAAUGAGAAUGGCCAGUACUGCCCGUUCAGCUGUGAGACCCAGGCCUGGUCUCUGGCCACCGUGCUGGAGGUCCUCUAUGAUCUCUAAAUGCCCCUCUCCCCUACCCCUCUGAUGUGAUGCAGUCUUACUUUACUUUCAGACGCAGAGCUUGCCUUGCUUUAAAGGUUAAUUUUGUUUAGAUUUCCCACCUGGACUUACUGCCACAGUUUUCAGUGCAUUCACAUGAACUUUAACAAUGAGGAUAGUUAAGGCUCUGACGCACCAACCCCAUUAUCGGCCGUCGGAUGUGGCGAGAUCGGUGACCCGAGUCUGUUCGAUGUGGUCCGUGCCGUCGUCAGUCGGAGGAGCCGUUGGCCUUCAUUUUGGCCGAUUUUGACUUGUUGAAUCGGCCAAUCUGAUUGGUGGAGCGCUAGCCCUUGACACGAGGAGAAGCCCGAGAGCCGACAACGCCAGUAUCUUCUCACUGCUAGCCGUCGUAUUUUCUUCCGUUCGGCGAGUAAUGACAACAACGAUCCUUCUUGACUACUAUCAACCCUCUCUGAUGAAAACGACGACCGCGUGCUCGUGCGUUUACGAGGUCUAGAGAAAUGUUCCGUCAUUUCCGGGGUUUUUUUUUGGGCGACAAUACAGAUUAGAGCCGCCUACUGUUAUAGACAUGCGUUACGUCUCGCGCACGAGCAGAAGGUACGCUCAAGUUGGCGUCGCUUCGGUACGGUCCGAGGCACUUUUUUGGUGUCGGGUUGGUGUGUCCGAGCCUUUAGAGGCCUCUAACUGCCUCUCACUGAACAUAAACCGGAGCUCACAUCUCGCCACUCCCUGUGUGUUUGCACCCUUAGUCUGUAAAUGAUGGUUGAUGAUUUGUCUUUUAUUUCCGUGUCUUGCACACAAAGUGCCCAACCCCUCAGGGGGGGUUCACGAGACCCCAAAAAUGUCAGUUGCAGCGUUCAACCGUUUCAUUCAAUUUCACAAAAGCACACGUUAAUUUACAGCUCGUUGUUAAACAAAAUCUUCUUUCCCAAGCUCAGAUUUUUUUCAUAAUCAUAAAGCCCGAAGAAAUCAGCAUAAAUCAUAAAUAGAAGUUCAUUUUAGUAAAAACUACAUCCCUUAAAGGAGAACUCCGGCCGAUUUUUAGCUGAAUCUUGAUCGCUAGAUGUCUGCGAGUACUGUCGAUAGGGGAAAAAAAACGACCAAAAUCAGUGCUAGCAAACUGGAGUAGCUGCAGCUAAUGGCCAGAGCUCCCAGUUAGCUAAAAUGCCAGUUGUGGGGGCAUGUUCUAAAGAGUGCCUUUGCGCCUCUUAACAGACACAAAAUGAAAUUUAAAAUUUCUGUGCACCACGAACAGGGCCCUUACGUGACAACAAGAUGCGUUUUCAACUCAGACAUUGGGAAGAAACCGUUUGAAUUCAAAGUUUGUACUCCAGUUUGCUUGCACCGAUUUUGGUCGACAGUACUCGGGAGACAUCUAGCGAUCAAGAUUCAGGUAAAAAUCGGCCGGAUUUCUCCUUUAAGUCCUCGUAAACAGGACAAUAAAACAAAAAAGAAACCUCAUCCUCAGUUUCAGCCAACUCCCAUUUUGAGCCUGCAGCCAGUAGUUUAACAAAAAGGGCUGACGCACUUCUUUUGCUGCCUGAGCAGGAGCUUUUAUUUAAUGUAGCAAGAAAACUGAACUGAACAACCGGUCACUGUGCAUAUUCCCCUGGGAUCCUACCUCCUGGCUGUACUCCUGUAACCUGUCUUCCAGCUGUUCCCCAUAGAGAGGCGAAGUCCCGCCCCUUCUGGUGCAGCCACCCUCAGCCCCGACAAAACGUAGCAACGCGUUUAAUUUAAAACUAAAACGGGGGUGCGUUAAACACCCUGUUGUGUUUGCAAGCGCUGCGCCUUUUUAUUCAGAGUUUAAAGGCCCGUCUCUGCUGAUUGGGUCUCACUCAAUAAACGAGAGACACGCCCACCGAACGAGAGAAAACGUACCGCUAAGCCGUUCCGAGGAAACAUGUCGCUUAACCAGGAAACCGUGGUAACACGGUGCACGCCGUUUUUGAGAUUUAACGUUUCCCUUAUUUCAGAAAGAAUACGUACAGUUAGUGAACGAGGAGUCAAAUAUUUUUUUUCUUUAUUCCGUUGAAUUGAGCCAUGAAUUACACACGUUUUGUCAAUUUUAAAAGAUAAUUUAGCAAGUCAAGAAAAGUCUAGUUUGUCGUUAAGCUGCUGAAGUAUAAGACUGUGAGAACACGUAAUUGGAAAGACUACACACCCCAAAGUCGCGUAAGUGACGUCUCUCUGAAACUGCGAUGCCGGUGUUUAGUACCGGGAUGAUGUAACGUUACUCACGCGAGCUACGGAUCUUGCACGUUCUUUCGCUUCUCGGCCGAUCAAACACAUCAGGUGACAUAACUUUACGUGUUGUGGAACAGAGCUAAGCUAGCUAGCUAGCUAGCGAGCAAGCAGAGCACCAAGCAAGGUGACGUAAAUUGUGCAAGAUGAAAUACAAUAUGUAGUUCACUGAGCGGUUUCACACGAAAUUAAGUGGUACUAAGGCAAACUGAGACUUUCUUCAGUUCCCAAAUAAUUUUUUAAAAGGGACGAACAUCCUAUGUGUAAUUCAUGGCUCAAUUUAAACAGGAUAAAAAAAAAAUUCUCUCUCCGUUCACUACUGAGCAUAUUUUUUUCCGAAAUAAGGUCCCUUGAGGUCCACCCGAAGAGGGAGGAACUUCGCGGCUCUAUUUCACCACAUUUUCCCUACAAGCCUUAUGAUGUAAUAUCAUUCAACUAUGUAUUAAUGUUUAAACACCAGUUUUGUGCAUGAACAUUGUUGCUGUGUGUCUAAAGCUGAGUUACCGUGCUGUAGAUCUCUGACCGCCCACUGUAGAUGUUACCUCACACAUCAGUAUUUCUUUCGAAAAGAAGGAACGCUGUGCAGAAACAAGACCGGAGAUAAGCAAUAUGAAACAACUAUUUCCGUGGAAGUAGUGCUAAGCUAAUAAGGGUCACUGUGUGUGUCUUAACACAGUGUGACUGGUGUUAGUUGUUCUGUCUUUAACCCUUGUGUAUUAAAAUCCUUCUUGAUCACAACA